AUGCUUAAGGAAGACUAUGGUUACCCAGAUACUCUUGACUUUAGUGACAGAUAUAAAGAAGCUAUUAGAAAGUUCAAGGAAGGAAAUACUGACCCGAACCUAUUUAGCUUUAUGGUUCAGCACCAAAUGCGAUAUAAUUUCAAACCUGGAAAAUACAAGCUCGCUAAGGGAUAUGAUUUAAUAGCAUAUCAUCCAAAUGACAUGGAUGAAUUUACUCCGAGAUAUUUGGUGUCAGAGAUAAAUGAUAAUUCAACUAUCUUCAUGAAACGCGUAAAAAAUAGAGACGGAACGAAAGAAGAAAGGGUUAUGAAUGCGGAUGACUUAAAUAGGGAACUUGUUAAAAACGGUCUCGGAAUAUAUGAAAUGCCAGCAGAUGAGGUACAAGAAACUCCACAGGAAGAAGUUCAGAUACAACCAGACAUGGAAGAAAUAGUUCAGCAACAACAGCUAGAAGAGCCUGAAGGAAACGAACAAGUCCCUCCUUUGGAAACUAACUUCACAGAACUAGAUGAAGAUUUGGAACAGCCGAAAAAUCUUGACCCUCAACAAGAGUAUGCGGAGAAUAUGGAAUCUUUCCAAGAGUCUAAGAAAAAUUCGGCUGACAUAGUAGAAGAAUAUCGAAAAAUGUUCGCCGACAUACAAAAGACUCCAACAUCAGAUGAAAAUAUUCAGCAUAGAAUGGAAGAACUGAAAGAAAGUGUACGCAAAUACAACAAUCCUUUUUACUUACGACCAUAUAACGUUCAAUCUUUGGCUGAACUCGGUGAAAAUAAAAGGUUAAAUUUCAACAAAACAUAUAGAAAUGAAACAUUGUUUAAAGUUCAUUCAGAACCUAACCAAUAUGGAAACAAACCUACUUUUGUUUCUGCAGACUAUGGAACUACAAUGAGAUGGGGUCAUAAAGCUAAUCCGGAUAGGUGGUUCAUAAACUUACAACCACAAUUCCAAGAAGUUGUAGACGCAAUGGAAGUGAA